AUGUCCUCAAUAGCCGUUCGUCAAGUCGUCGCCCCGUCUGACGUUGAAAGAAACCGCAUGGUCGAAAUCAUGACGCUAGCUUUGGCUAAUGAUAGUUCAAUUCUCUGCCUGACUGGCGGCUCCAAGGAAGGGGAGAGAGUCCUUCUGAGCCAAUGGGUUGAUGCGGCGCUAGAGCUUGGCGAGGUCUGGGUAGCUGAGAUAGACCAAAGAAUCGAGGGGGUGGCGCUGUGGAUAAAGCCUGGGAAAGAUUAUACAGUUAGCUAUCAGGAUAGAUAUCUUCGAGCAUUCCCGCCGGAUACUCAAGAGUGGACAGUUCAACAUUUCCGUCCGAAGUACGAGCAAUUAUACAAGCAAUCCUAUCCUCUCCGUGAGCUUACCAGACUCCACGCCUGGCACCUGAAGCAGAUCGCGGUCAAUCCACGACUACAAAGGAGAGGCAUCGGACGGGCCCUCAUAGCCGCUGUUCGAGAUAGGGCACCCGACGUCCCUUCUGCUGGUGCCUCUCAAGGCUUUGCAUACCGAGGAGUGAAAAACUUCGUCGGUCGGCGAGGAGGGUUUCCUCUUUGGGCGAUGCUGCGAGAGCCGAGAAAAAUAUUAAUGCCCCCGACAUUGACGGGAACAACCCAUGUCGAGGGGUUCUCGAGCCAGGGCUUCUUGCGGCAGAAACAGGCGAAUUUCAAGGUCCAGAGGUUCAACCGUGACCUUCUUAUCCUUACACAGGUCGUAAUGCGCCACAUCGAUUCGGCCCCGACUUCCCCUCCGAUGACAACUGUUACUGGCAUGCGAAUGAUGCGGUAUCAUGCACUGUACUCGCCUCAACGACUUCGGAUCGAAGAACGCGAAGUCCAGACGUAA